AUGCUGUUCUGCCCGUACUGCAGCAACAACCUUACCAUUGGCGAUGGCGACGACGGGCCGGACAAGAUGUGUCCGACGUGCCCGUACAAGUGGGUGAUUACGCAGCAGAUUAGCAUGCGCACCCAUUUGCAGCGCAAGGAGGUCGACGAUGUCAUGGGCGGGCCUGAGGCGUGGGCCAAGGUCGACCAAGCUGAUGCCGACUGCCCGAAGUGUCAGGAGUGCCAUCGCGCCUACUUCCGCCAGUUGCAGAUCCGCUCUGCCGACGAGCCAAUGACGACUUUCUACAAGUGCGUCGAUUGCGGACACCAGUGGCGCGAGAACUAG